UUUGUCCGCAACACUGUGUUGAUUGGGUUUUUGAGAUCUGUAGUGGAGCCAAUCAGAAGGGAACCGGACAACGGAGAAACGGUGAGGGGGAAGAUGGAGCAGUACACAACUACAAGUGGGGACCAAAUUGUGGUGCAGACUGCUAAUGGGCAGAUCCAGCAACAGGCUCAGGGCACUGUAACAGCAGUACAACUGCAGACAGAAGCAUCUGUCGCUACGGCAACGGGCCAGCAAGUACAGACACUCCAGGUACUCCAGGGCCAACCCCUUAUGGUGCAGGUGAGUGGUGGGCAGCUGAUUACAUCCUCAGGUCAGCCCAUCAUGGUACAGGCCAUGUCAGGUGGUCAGGGGCAGACCAUCAUGCAGGUGCCUGUUUCUGGAGCUCAGGGCCUUCAACAGAUCCAGUUGGUUCAGCCGGGUCAGAUACAGUUGCAGGGAGGUCAAACUCUGCAGCUACAGGGUCAGCAGGGUCAGGCUCAACAGAUCAUCAUACAGCAACCUCAGACAGCCAUCUCCACAGGCCAGAGCCAGGGGCAGCAGAUCACAGUUCAAGGACAGCAGGUUGCCCAGACAGCUGACGGACAAACUAUUGUAUACCAGCCUGUGAAUGCUGAUGGCACAGUUCUGCAGCAGGGCAUGAUCACUAUCCCAGCAGGAAGUCUGGCGGGAACUCAAAUCGUCCAGGCGGGGGGCGCUAACACGUCCACCACCAACAGCGGUCAGGGCACAGUCACUGUUACCCUGCCAGUAGCCGGCAACAUGGUGAACACUGGGGGAAUGGUCAUGGUAAGACCUUCUGAUGAGAUGAUGCCAGGUGGAGGCACUGUACCGACCAUACAAAGAAUCCCUCUCCCAGGGGCCGAAAUGCUUGAAGAGGAGCCGCUUUACGUAAAUGCCAAACAAUACCACCGUAUCUUAAAGAGACGUCAAGCCAGAGCCAAGCUGGAGGCAGAGGGCAAAAUCCCUAAGGAAAGAAGGAAAUACCUUCACGAGUCACGUCACAAGCACGCCAUGCAGCGAAAGCGCGGCGAUGGGGGGCGUUUCUUUUCGCCUAAAGAGAGAGAAGAAAUGGCCUUGGCCAUGCAGGUGAGAGCGCAGGGCCAUGUCAAGGAAGAAGACCAUCACAACGCCACUGAAUUCAUGAACUCGCAUUGGCUGCCCGAGCACACCCCACCCCUUGCAUAGAUGCUCAUCUCUGCUUUCAUUGAACUCUUCGGUUCUUCCUGCUGUGAUUUUCUCUCAUUGGCUGCUCUUGCAUUGGAUGACCUUUUGCUUGGCUGCUCUAUGCUUAUUGGUGUCCUGAGUCCGUGUGUUUUGUGAUUGUUAAAGCAUUGUUCAUAGUUAAGUGUUUGCACGUGAACGUCUCAGCCAUGUGGUGGUCUGUAUAAAGUGUGUGGUGUGUCUGUCUAUUUUUAAAUCUGCUGUAUUUAACAAGAACAAGAGAUGAUCACGCUCCCGUCUUUAUAUAAUCAGAAUGAAAUGUUCUUUAACAUCUGAUCUUCACAUGGCUUGUCUGAUAUUCCUCCGCAUACAACUGAUACAGCUCAUGUGCACUUCAAAGCACUGUUAUUAUGAACAAAGUACAGCAGGUUAAACAAAGCAUGAACACGUUUCAGUUUUUGUGAAAUCACUGCAUGCCUGAAAAGAAGAUAAUGAAUUUGAGGGACCAGUUUAUAAGAAAUGUAUGCCUUUUGAAUAUUUUUUUUAUUUUGUUGUCAUUCAUUUUAUCUUCUAAUUACAUUUUUAUUGACUCACUUUUGCUUUUUUAUUUUGCUGGAUGGAUGCUUGUGCUAUCCCUUGCCUUGCUUUUCCUGCAUAUGCAUCUUGGUUCAUGUUUGUCACAUAUUGUGAUUGUUUUUUUAAUAUGUGAAUAUUGUAAUUCAGUAAAUAUGACUGACUUCCAGACUUUUACAAGGGAAGCAACAUAAUUUGCAACCAAAUUAAACCAUGCUUCACUGUGGAUCUUUCUUUUGUUUUGUGCAUGUUGUAUUUGUUUAUCAGAUCUUACCACUUUUUGGUUACUAAGAGUAAUAUACAAAAAACAAUUUCAUUAGAGCAAGACAGGCAGACGCUGUUUUUGUUAAUGUUAGGUAGUUGUGUAGGUCAAAGUCUGAAUGGCAAAAUGAGACAGCUUGGUAAACAUAAACCUUUCUAUCCUUAACUUAGUUAUUCUUGGUUAUUCAGUGGCAUGCUAUAAAUCAUGCUGUCUCAAACUCUGUGCAGACAGGUAUGAAAUACUUGUUUGUGAAAUGUGUUGUCGAGGUGCUGAGUGAAGCAUAUCUGAAAU